UACCAGAAUCUCACGUACCAGAAUCUCCAGGAACUGAAACACAUUAUCUGCACUUCUGAGUACUCUGAGAAUUUUAUUCCACUUCAAGAAAUCAGGUGACCUCGUUUCAAUGGCUAUUUUGGCAUCUCUACAUGGCAUCAACCUCUUCCCUUCUCUCCCAUCGACCCCGCCCCAAAACGAUCCCACCACCACAACUUCCACUUUGUUCUCUCCCGCACCACCAAUACCAAUUCCCAAGUAUCCAUCCCCUCGCAAGUCCCGAAUCCCUCCAAACAACUCUUCUAAAUCCUCAAAACCCCCGUCUAACCCUGCCCUUAAGCUCCCCCACCGUCAAUCGCACUACUACAAGCCCGUUCAAGAUGGCGUUAUAUCUUCCGACGGAGACCGAGCCGUUGUCCUCGGGGAUUCCGGCAUAUCAUAUCUUCUUCCUGGAGCUCCUUUCGAGUUCCAAUAUAGCUACACGGAGACCCCGAAGGCCAAGCCGCUGGCAAUCCGCGAGCCGGCUUUCCUGCCGUUCGCGCCGCCGACGAUGCCGCGUCCUUGGACGGGGAAAGCGCCAUUGAAGAAAUCAAAGAAGAAUAUUCCGUUAUUCGAUUCUUUCAACCCGCCUCUGCCCGGGAAGAGGGGUGUGAAGUACGUGGAAAUGCCGGGCCCCUUCCCCUUCGGCAAGUAUCCCAAGGAAGGGAAGACGAGGGGAGAGAUUCUGGGCGAACCCUUGACCAAAUCGGAGAUCAAAAUGCUUAUUAAGGCUCACUUGCAUGAUAAUCGCCAGGUUAAUCUGGGAAGGGACGGAUUGACGCAUAACAUGCUGGAGUUGGUACAUACGCACUGGAAACGGCGGCGCGUUUGUAAGGUUCGUUGCAAAGGAGUGCCAACUGUGGAUAUGGAUAACGUUUGUCGACACCUUGAGGAAAAAACUGGGGGGAAAAUCAUUCAUCGAGUUGGUGGAGUAGUUUAUCUUUUUCGUGGUAGGAACUACAAUUAUCGCACUCGUCCACAGUACCCAGUGAUGAUCUGGAAACCUGCUACUCCAGUUUACCCAAAACUAAUCCAAGAAGCUCCAGAAGGACUGACAAAAGCUGAAGCUGAUGAGUUAAGGAAAAAGGGGACAUCUCUCUUGCCAAUAUGCAAAUUAGGUAAAUCUUGACUAGAAUAUUUU